CAUCGCUCUAUAUUUGUCACCUUUACAGUGGAGGAGCAUCCUGUCAUCCACAGAUGUAGACGGGGAGAAGACCUUGGAGAAGACACACCUAGAGGCAAGGGAAAGAUCCGAAAAGACUCCGACCGUGCCCUUAAGGAAAAUUUCAGCUGCUACUCCUGGUCCCUGCACACCUGUCUCUGUUAAUCGCCUUCCCUUUAGAAGCCAGCCUCUUCUGUUUAUUCUUUCUGGGACUCCAACUUGCUUUCACGCAACGUAACGUCAGGUGCCUGUUGGGGCUGGGUUACCAUGGAAACCAGGAUUGCGAUGCAACGGGAGCAGGAGUCGUCGUCGGCUCGCGUGUCUCACAGCAUGGCGCUGUCCUCGCAAAGCAAGAAGAGGACCUUCACAUCCAGUGACGAGGAAGUUCCAUAUUCUGCUUUCCCCGUCGUCCCCGCUGAUGUGAUGUCCGUUAAGGAGAUCCUGAACACGGACAACGUCCCCCGCCACAGGACUUGGGACAUCCUGAGGGAAACUCUGGCCGGUGAUGAAGACUAUCACAGAGACGAGUGGACCAUGUUUGGGAACGAGGCAGAGAAGCUGGAGAAAGGUGUGAUCAAGAACCAGCGUUUGCUACGCACUCGGGUGGACAAACUGGCCCUUCGCAAUGAGGCCCAAAAAAAAGCGUCGGAGCACUUGAGGUACCUGGAGCGUCUGAGUCAGAAGGUGCCAGACUUUGCCGUCCCCCUGAGGGCCCACACUGUCUGGGAGGACAUGACGGUCCAACUGUCCUGCGUAGUCCAAGGCUGUCCACCCCCAGAGAUCACAUGGUUUAAAGACGGCGCUCCACUGAGAAGGCCAGAGCUACCGUGGAACUAUGGUCUCCAGCAAGCCUUUGGUCUUAAUACCCUGGAGAUCAGACGGUGCUCUCCUGGUGAUGGUGGUGUGUACAAAGUGGUGGCCAGGAGUCCCUGGGGUGAAGCUAUGACCUUUGCCACCCUUGUAGUCAAUUCAUACCGAGGAGCCGCAGCCGGUGGCGACGAUUCCAGGACUCGCGCCUCACAGGAAGCCACCUUUGCGGAUACCCUUCAGCCAACGUGGGUGAAGGAGGGCGAAAGUCUCACACUGUGCUGUACCUUCACAUCGCCUCUGCUGCCCUCCCAGCGGGACAUCACCUGGUUCAGAGACGGGACGCAACUGCUGCAGUCCUGCGCCGUGGACAUGAAGACCAGCGACCACAUGGCCUCCAUCACGCUGAGUGCUGUGUACAAGGAGCAUGAAGGAGUUUACACUGUCCGCCUGAAGACCUGGGAUGGCCUUCUGGAGUCCAGUGCCUAUAUCUAUGUUGAAGACGCUCCGUGCACUGUGGUCGGAGGUCCUGGGUCUCCCCUCUUGGUCCAGGUAUGCGACGUAAACAAGGAUUACGUCUUCCUCACCUGGCAGCCGCCCAGCGCCGAUGGAAUGUCGCCCGUGGAAGGUUACAACAUUGAGAGAUGUGACCUCAGUCUAGGCCAGUGGGUGCGAUGUAACGAGCAUCUUCAGAAAAUGUGCCAUUAUCCGGUGUUUGGGCUAAAAGAAGGAGCAAGGUAUCAGUUCAGAGUCCGGGCUGUCAACCGGGCCGGUGAGGGCCGCCCCUCUAAGGCUACUGACCCUGUUGUCACUGAGGACCCCCUGGAACAUACCCGGACUACAGUGGUUCAAGUGCACAAUGGAAGGACUAUCGUCAUCACCAAAGAUGAACUGGAAGGUCAUGUCCGAAUUCCCUUCCCGCCCACCAACGUCCAUGCCUGCGAGGUGAGCGACACAUAUGUUGUGGUUAGCUGGACCGAGCCGGAACCCCGAGGGAAGGAACCCCUCACCUUCUACGUGGAGCGGUCGCAGGAAGGGAAGGACACCUGGGGACUGGUCAGCCUGGACGUGGUGGUCAACUCUCCCAGGUUCCCGGUCUUUGACCUGGUUAAAGGAACGCAGUACCGCUUCAGGGUGCGCGCCAUCAACAAGUAUGGCGUCAGCGACCCGUCGGAACCUAGUGACCUGAUCUGCUUGGGGACCCCACAAUGCGCGCCUGCUCCACCUUCAUCUCUCUUGGUGUUCAGAGACACAGACACCUCGGUGCUCCUUGAGUGGCAGGAGCCCAAAGACAAAGAGGGCGUGCUGGGAUAUUAUGUGUACUACAGCGAAACCGGACAACGGGACUGGAAGAUUGUCAACAACAAACCUGUUACAGACACCAGGUUUACAGUCCACGGUCUAAAGACCCGUAAGGAAUAUGUGUUCAGGGUGAAGUCGGUGAGUGGAGCAGGAAACAGCGACUACUCGGACGAGUCUCUCCCCAUCGUGGUGAAAGCUGCCAUUCGUGUUCCCUCGGCUCCCUUAGCGAUCGCUUUGCUGCUGUGCACCGGUUCAGAGAUGGUGUUGGGCUGGAGGAGGCCUCGCCAUGAUGGCGGCACACCUGUGACGGGCUACUAUCUGGACCAGCGGGAGGCGGGGGCGGAGACGUGGGAGGAGGUCAACGUGAAGGCGGUCAAAGAGCGGCGAGCUACGGUUUCCAAGCUGACCAGCGGGCUUUGGUACCAGUUCCGCGUGAUCGCUGCCAACGUGGUUGGCGUGGGGAAGCCGUCCGAGGCCAGCGAGGCCUUCCUGUGUGAGAAGUGGACCAUGCCAGAACCCGGUUGUCCCUUUGACCUGGAGGUGCGGGAGGUGAGACAGGACUCCCUGGUGCUCCUAUGGGCCGCUCCGCUGUACGAAGGACGGGGCCCGGUCGUUGGCUACUUCUUGGAAAUCAGCCAGGGCGACCCAGGGUCCGAGAAUUGGACCGCUUUAAAUGAGAAGCCGGUCACUGGUACAAACUACAAGGUUUGGGGUCUUCAGGCGGGUCAAAGCUACCGCCUGCGUGUGGCGGCUGCCAACCAGGCAGGAACGGGACGACCUUCCCUCCCUUCUGAGGCUGUCACGGCCCAGACGGCACCAGACACAAAGAACAUCGAGGUCGGCGUGGACGAGGAGGGCUUCAUCUACUUGGGGUACGAGUGUGACGAAGUGGCCGACGAGAGCGAGUGUCUGUGGAACAAGAACUACACCGAGCCCGUCGACGCCUCCAGAGCUCGGGCAGAGAACAAGGAUGGCAGGUCACUUCUCACAUUCAGCGACGCCUCCGAGGAGGACUUGGGUCUUUACACCGUGGAGAUGAGCGACGACCCCAGCCAGUCCUCAAGCUACGUCCUCACCGCUGAAGACCUUGAACGCCUCAAGGAACUCAGCCACCAAGUCAGGAAUCCACUGAUCGCACUGAAGUCGGGCUGGAAUGUGGAUGUUUUGGAAAAGGGGGAAGUGCGUCUUUGGCUUCAGACGGAGAGUCUGAGCGAUUCUGCUGAGCUGCGUCUCGUAUUCAACGACAAGGAGAUCACCAGCACUCCGCGCCGCAAGAUCAACUUUGACAAGGCCCAGGGCUUGGUGGAGGUACUGAUCGAUCGGCCCGGCCCGGAGGACGAGGGCUCCUACACCGCUCAGCUGCGGGACGGCCGCGCCAAGAACCAGUUCACUUUGGUUCUGGUGGAUCGAAAGUUCCGUGAGCUGCUGGCACUGGCGCACGCCAAGCGACGCGACCACGAGAGAAAGAGCGGACCCUACUUCCAGGAGUUCUUGUCUUGGUGCGUUAACGAGGAUUGUGAAGUGAUCAUAAAGUGCAAGGUGACAAACACCACAAAGGAUUCCACGCUCAGCUGGUUCAAGGACGCUGUGAAGGUGACCAAGGCUGUGUAUGACGUCCCAUCAGGGGUCAGCACGCUCACCAUCCCACAGUUUGAAAAGAAGGAGGCGGGCUCUUAUAAAACACUGGUGUCCGACGCCAGAGGAGAGGACGUCAGUACCUUGGCUCUACGGGAUAAAGAGUAUGACAAGCUUCUCCAGCAGCUGAGCAAACAAUGCGCAAUGUCAGCAGGUCCACUGAGGGUCCAGAGCACCGCUCAAGGCUUCAGGCUCCACUGCUCCCUCAAAUAUUAUAUCAGCCAUUUGAAGACCAGCUGGAGCUUCAAGGAGAAGCAGAUGGAGCCCCAGUCCAGGAUCAGGAUGGGCAACAACGCGCAGACCGUCUGGAUGGACAUCUUUAACCCCACAGAGAACGACAAAGGCAAAUACAGCUUGGACAUGUUUGACGGCCAGGAGACGCACACGCGCCAUCUCGACCUGUCCGGACAAGCCUUCGCUGAUGCCUUGCUUGAACACCAGAGGCUGAAGCAGGAGGCGGUCACUGAGAAAAACCGGGCUAAAGUGACAAAGGGCCUUCCGGAUGUGGUGGCCAUCAUGGAAGGCAAGUCUUUGUGCCUGACGUGCUUCAUCGAGGGCGACCCGGGGCCGGAGGUCUUCUGGCUGCGUAACGACCGGGAGCUCCCCAGCGAGGGUCAGUUCUUCAUCACCAAGGAGCCCGGCUGCAGCACCAUCACCAUCAGCGAGGUCCACACGGACAACUCGGGCAAGUACAGCGUGGUGGUGCGCAACCGCUGCGGCUCGGAGACGGUGGACGUGACGGUGAGCGUGUACAAGCACGGCGAGGUGCCGCCGGCCAACGCCAAGGAGAUGGGCCUGUGAGAGAUCCGAGGUCUGGCCUCGUGUUGGCGGGAAAGAUUGUGUUAGUUUGGUGCGACGUGCACGUGUUGCCUGGAAUAUAUGCAGACCUCCGCCAUAAUGUCGGUGUCGAGUGAAAUUCUGUAUCCCUGAAAUAUUUUCUAUCCCCUACUGCGGGAGAGCCCGUGUUAUUGGCGAUGUCAUUAAUUAUAAAUAUGAUGUACCCCCAACUAACUUUAUGAUAUUAAUAACAUGAGUCCUGAUUAACAACUAUUGUAGUUGAUGAUGCUAAGUAUGCACAGAAUGAAACACAUAUCUUGACAAAAAUAGAGGGGGGACAUGUUUUAUUGUAGCACAGAAAAAUGCAAAAAUUUUUGUAUCCCUACUAACUUUUUUAGUAAUUAAUAAAAUGAGUCGAAAAUCA